CCCGCUCACACCCACUGGAGUAUUCCACGCGCACAAAACCACGCAGCUUCUUCAUCCGAGCCCAUGGAGGCCAUGCGAAACCUGGUCUUGCUAUUGGCUGCUGGCCUAGCGAUGCCAUUCGUUGAGGCCCUUGUUGGACCGGAAAAGCCCUCCGCGGUUGCGCGGAAGAUGCAGUCCUAUUAUGGCUAUGGCUAUGGUUUCUACGAGGGCUAUGAGAGUGGUGAAGGCUGCGAGGAGAUGUACUGCUACCCCAGCGUCUACACCGAGGACGGUGAAAUCGAUUGGGACCAGACCUACGAGGCCGAAGCCAGCUGUGCCAGCUGGGAGGAGGGAUGCCCUUGCAAUGAGGAGUGGGAAGUUCAGUGCGAGAGCUAUGGCAUGAAGGUUUGCUUGCCAAAGACCGAAGGUUGCUUGGAUCCCUUUGCUGUGGAAUGUGAUGAAGAGACCGAGGAGGUGUGCAAGGAUGAGUGGUCCGCAUAUUGCUGGGACAAGGCUUGGGGGAAUUGCCCUCUCUUCUGCGGGCACGAUGAGAUCUAUUGCUAUUCCUACAGCUACGAUUCCACAGGAGAAGUCAACUGGACAGCUCCUCACACCGAGACCUGUGCGAACAUGUCCACCGGGUGUCCUUGUGAUGACACUUGGGAAGUGAGAUGUACCGAUGCAUGGGGCUAUAGCUGGUGCAAUCCCAAGUCCUUCCCCUGCCCCAUCACCUGCAGCAACACUGAGCAGGUUUGCUACAUGACGGAGUACAAGGAUGAUGGCGAGCCAGACUGGAGCGCUCCGGGCAACCAGACUUGCGUGGAUAUGUUCAGCCCCUGCCCAUGCCAUCCAGUUCACGAGGAGCUUUGCAACAGCACAUGGGGCUCGUAUUGCCAACCCACCUACAACGGGCAGACGUGUCCCAUUUCGUGCAAGGAGAAUGAGAUCUAUUGCUACAUCGUGCCCUAUGACGACAACGGCGAGAUCGAUUGGACUGCCACAUGGGAGGAAGCCUGUGCGGACGAAAGCGAGGGCUGCCCUUGCAACGAGAAGUGGGAGAAGUCUUGUGGCGAAGGCUGGUGCAUCCCGAUCGACGAAAGCUGUCCCAUCGAUUGCGGUGAGUUUGCCACCUGCUGGCACGAGUCCGGCAACCAAAGCUGCGCCACGGAAAGCGGCUGCAGCUGUGAAGCCAAUGAGCACAGCUGCCUGGAUGGCUGGGGGCAAUAUCAGUGCUACCCAAUGACUUGGUAUCCAGAUGGCUGCCCUUUGGUGUGCGACUAUGAGACGCACAUCUAUUGUCAUGAAGUAGGAUUCGAUGAGAAUGGCUUUAUGACGUGGGAGGAGUUUUGCCACGAACGGAGCAGUGCGGAUGACUGGGAGUGCCCGGUGAAAUGCAAGGAUUCCGCGCAAAAAUGCGGCACUGAGGAUUGGAACUCCUACUGUGUCGCACUCACCGACUCGUGUCCGGAAGUGUGCACGGAGGAUCAACAGCUUUGCUGGGUCACGGACUACGACUCCACAGGCGCAUGGCUUGGAGGUGCCGACAAAUGUGCCCCAGCGAACCAAGAAUGCCCAUGUGGUCAGAACAGCAUCAAGUGUUCGUUCGAAGGCUAUUCUUACUGCGAGUCGACCUACUACGGCUGCCCUGUGACCUGCCAAGAGGGCCAGAAGAACUGCUACAUCGAAUCCUACACGCCGGAAGGUGACUAUGACUGGACGGUCCCUGCGAACGAGACCUGUGUGGCUGAGAAGCAUAGCUGUCCUUGCGGAGCGAAUGCCAAGGCCUGCAAAUGGACGGACCUCUUUGGUGUCGAGGAGGAAUACUUUCAGCCUGAAGCUUGGCCUUGCCCCAUCUCUUGUGGCGCGGACCAGAAGAAAUGCUAUAAGACCGACUACAACGCCUCUGGCUACCCCCAGAAUUACUAUGAAGACUGCGUUGCAAAGGAUGCGAAGUGCACCUGCGGUCGACAUUCGCAAGAGUGCCAUGACCCUUGGUGGGACGAGUACUAUUGCAUGCCAACCUGGGACUUCUGGACGAAUAUGAAGAUGAGUUGCCCUGUAUAUUGCAAGGAGGAUCAGGAUUAUUGUUACAUCCCAUCCUUCGAUGCCAAGGGUGACUGGGUGCGAACGCAGGAAGAGUGUGUGCCUCGCGGGCAAGCGUGCGACUGCAAGAAGGGGCAGAAUGCUUUUGCAUGCACCUACACCGAUCCGUUUUGGGGCUCCUGGACCGAGUGUUUACCAACAUUUGGUGGCUACUGCCCUUCAAGCUGCCCUUCUGAUGAAGUGGCCUGCGAGAUGGUCGAAGACUACCUGCCCAAUGGAACUUCCUUGGGUCUGGUCCAACCACCGAAGAAGUGCGCCAAGGACCAGAGCAAGUGCGAAUGCGGAAAGGAGGCGAAGCGGUGUCCCAGCGGUGUGUGCAUGUUCCAAGAUGAGGAUUGCCCCGUGACCUGCAAGGGCAAUGAGAAGAAAUGCUAUGAGUCCACCUACAAUAAGAACGGCGAGUUCGUGAGCGACCGAGAAGUCUGCGUGGCUCGGAAUGCCAGUUGCCCAUGCAAUGGACAGGGCAUGAGAAAGUGCGAAACCCUGGAGCUUUGCCUCUUAGAGAGUGAGAUGGAGCUGCUUUGCCCUUGCAAGGAGCGGGAGGAGCAGUGCUAUGUGGUGAACUACGACAAGUAUGGGAAGGUGAGCGACUUUGAAACGCAAUGCGUGCAAAAGGGCAGUGCCUGCAAGUGUGGGAAGAACACCGAGAGCUGCCCCGAUCCCAACGAUGCGAAGGCCAAGAUCUGCGUGCCCCGCUUGGGCUUCAAGAGUUGCCCCAAGCCUUGCACCUCAGAGGAGAUCCGCGGAGGGAACGUGACCUGCGUGCAGACCAACCUGGACUCUUCCGGGAACUUCAAGUCGGAGACGGUGACCUGCAUCGGCGCCAACGACACUUGCCCCAUCGGUGAAGGGAUGAAGCGCUGUGCCAGUGGCGCCAUGAUCGCGGUGAACGAGAAGUGUCGGAGCCUGUACUCCGCGGCCACGACGGGAACCCGGCGGUUGAGCAGCAAAGCACCCGUGCGGGAGUCGGUGAAGGUGAUCAUCACGUUGGGAUCCAGUAAAACGGAUGCUGCUUCCCAUGCAGAGACGGCGCGGGUGAAGCUCAACAGUGUCCUCCAACUUCCUAAUGGCAUGACUUCGUCGAUCGUGAUCAAGACCUCGCGUGCAACACGUCGCGUUUCGGAGCGUAGCUUGAGCACCAGCAGCAAGGGAAGUUUGAUCUACACUGUGGAAAAUCAAGGAACCUCGACAGUGCCUGCGACACAAGUGGGCGAGGAGCUGAAGAAGAUGGUGAAGAGCAGCAGUUCCAUGUUGACGAAGGCCUUGAGCUUGGUGGGUGAGGUGGAUUCCAAGGCGGGGGUGACCAUCAAGGCCACUAGCACGGUGCUCCAGAGCCGUGCCACGGCUGCUCAGGAGGAAAAGAUGAAACAGGCAGGCAUCACCACACGCAGCACCAGCAAGGCUCCUACCACACCAAGGAUCUCAACGACUGUCACGGAUGGAAAUCUCUCUGGGCAAAUCUCCUCAGCGUCAGACACUUUCUGCUCGCUGGCUUUCGUGGCCGCGCUGGCUGUGUUGUGAGCGCUGUGACUGGGCGCGGAGGUCGCUACUUAGCCCGAUAGCCCCGGCCGAUGGCCCGGGGCUGGAGACAUCGAUCGUCUCCAUUUUUCCCAUGGCACCGACACCGAAGCUCUGUGAAGACAGACUUCGUGGGCGCCGUGAUUUCUCUUUUUUGCUUUGCGGAUCAACGUGCGGUGCACGGUUUUUCUGUGUUGAUCUUUUUUUGGCACGGCCGCAAACAUAGAGGCGCCACGGUCUGGUGGUAGAGUUGUUCAAGACUGG